AUGGACGACGGCGAUGGCGAGAAUGGCCCAAGAAAGAGAUGCCGGAUCGCUGCCGCUUCAACAGUCGACAAUGGCCAGACUGGAGACAACACGGGACAUUACAUCAUAAACGCUGACGAGAUCGACGAUAACGGCAACUGCACCGGUGAGGAUUUGGUCUACUACUACAGCGACGAUGACGCGGAGACAGAGGUCGACGAUGCUAAUGCGGUGGAACCCGCCGAGGAGAGGUACAUCGUUCUGAGCCAGGAUGACAUCGGGGGCUGCUACGGUCCGACGAUCGGACGAUACCCCGCACCGGCAAAAGCGCGCGAAAAUAAUUUCAGAGGACAGUAG